AUGGCCGGAACUCUCGUUGAAAGGGCCGCGCAUCCAGUCAAUACAUCUUCUCUUGAUACCAAACUCGUCGUCUCUGCUCGUCCUCGCAGCCAGUCUCACCUUGAGGCUGCCUUUUCUCCUGUCAACAACGACGGUUGUUUUGACUUUGACCGCGUGUUGAAGAGCGGCUAUGUCCAGAAGCGCACGCAAAAGACAAAGAAAUGGAAGCCUGUUUACCUUGUCUUGCGACCCAACACCCUCUCUUUGUACAAAAACGAGAGCGAGUCUCGACUACGACAUCAGCUUUACUUAUCCGAGCUUACAGCCGUCGCCGAAUUGAAGGACCCCAAGCAUAAGCGCGAGCAUGUUUUUGGCCUCUUUUCCCCGUCUCGCAACUACCACUUUCAAGCGAAUUCCGCCGAAGAUGCUCAGGAAUGGAUGGACUUGAUCCGAAGGGAUGCGCGUAUCGAUGAAGAGGAGGACGAGAUGUUCCUUGCCAGCCCACGUGCCUCCCAACAGCCUGGCAAUGGCAUCAAGCCGGUUUCUAUCAGCAACAACCGACCAAACGAACAUGAGCGCUUCCUUUCCAGCUCUCCGGAACCAAUGGCAUCAUCCGCCCCCAGAUAUGUCACCUCGGCAGGGGGUGGGAGAAGGUCGUCGAUACUAGAGUCUUCGGGACUAUCGGGUGCGGAGUUCGCAUCGCACUCCGACCUUUCCGACAAUGAAGCUUUCCGUCCCCAGGACUCGUCCUACGAUAGUUUGGCCGUUCAAUCGCCUGGCAAGCUACCCCCAGCAGCUCGCCCAUUAGGCCAAGGUAUCCGAUCCGCAAGCCAAACGAGCGUGUCUAAUGUUGAGCAAGACCCCGACCGUGUCAUAUGGCAAGGCCGGCUCUACCUCUUGCGUCACCGACGUGGCAUGCGCCAGUGGAAGGAUAUGUGGGCUGUGCUUCGCCCACGCAACCUCAUUCUCUACAAGGACGAGUCUGAAUACACAGCUCGGUGGAUUUUACCGCUCUCCGCAGUUGUAAAUGUUGUCGAUCUGGACCCUCUCAGCAAAAGCAAGAAGCAUUGCCUUCAGGUUAUCACUGAAGAAAAGAGCUACCGCUUCUGCGCUCACGAUGAAGAUGCCCUUGUUCGCUGCAUUGGCGCUUUCAAGAGUUUGCUUGCUAAACGUCGCGAACUUGAGGCUCGCGCUGCCGCGACAGCCACAUGA